AUGUGCUGGAGGGGGGCUAUCCUUCGAUUGAAGCACACACCGUCGUUGUCAUCUGUCUUGGAUCGCUUAGCUCAUCUGCCCAAAGAUGUUGUAUUGCAAGUCACCACCAGUGGAUCCCUUCCAUCCGCUUUUUUAAGGGAACUUUCAAAGAACAACAUGUUGGAAUCUCUUGUCUUCACUCCGGAGGGUGAAACUCAACAUGAAGAAGAGGAAAGCAAGACUAGGCCUAGGCCUCCCAGCCUACCUCAGCUAGACAAUCCAGGCGAUGAGUCAUCUUCUGAUGGGAAAGAUCACCAGGAAGAUGGUGAAUCAUUGAGAAAUGGCAAAUUGGCCAGAAUUUCCAAGAGGAAAGUGGAACCAGAGUCAAUAAAGAAUUUGAAUAGUGCAGACAAUGAGAAGAAACCCAAGAGACUUCGCUCAAAAAACAAAUUGGCUGAAGAACUUUUUGAUGAGGAAGAAGAUGGCCUUGAGCAAAAUCAACAAGUUCAAAACUCUGUCAAUAGGCAGCUGUGCCCUAAUCCAUGGAUAUCUCAUCUCAGGAGCCCAGGCUUUGAUAGUGCCAAGAAAAGAGAAUCUGAAGGAGAAACGAGUGGGUCUUUGGACCACAGGCUGAUGAAGGAUAUCAUUCAAGCCAGCAAACACUUGAAGAAGCUGGACCUAGGAGGAAUAAAUGAGUUCAUGGCCUAUGCAGAUGAGCUGUUUGAUGGAUUCUGUGAUCAAGUUCCAGCUUUGCAAGUACUUCAUUUCUUCCGACACAGUGGGGAAGCCCAACCACCUCUUGCAUCCCACCUUUCACCCUCCCUUCUAUCACUUUCUCACCUUCAAGUAUUGACACUAAAUGUGGAGCACGUGACAGCUGAGCUGGUGAGGGGUCUUGCCAAAGAGAAUCAUGUGUCAAUGACAUCCUUCAACAUCAUUGUCAGUCAUCGGCCUAAGAAUCUGCAUCCUGUUGCUGAUGACAUUUGGCUUGCUUUUUCUCAACACAGUCCAUCAUGCGAGAUGUCCCUGAAUCUGAUUGAGUGUCCUGAAAUGGUCCUUGUGUUAUCUGCCUUUCUGAAGCCCUCCAUGCCUCUUGCCCACUUCCGACAAUUCUUCUGCUCCUUGAUCAGUCCUGAAUCACUGAUCCUAUUGGUGGAAUACUAUCGAAGUAAGCUGAAGAGUCUGCAUUUGGUGGAUCAGGUGAAUCGGUCCCGCGACACAUUCACUUCAUCUACCAUCAUCCCUGACCUCCUCAUCACCAUGGGCUGGAAGUGCUCCAUUCUCUCUGAGAUCGUCCUUGUUGGGUAUGAAUAUGUGGGAGAAGAUCUGGUGGGGUUGUCCCGGUUGAGAGGAAAAGGUUUACAGAGUCUCAUCCUUCCUCGCCGCUCCAUCUUGACUUCCAGUCGAGGACAUUUUUCCUGGGUUCUUGAGGUCACCCCUCUUCUUUUGCUCAUCCUCCUUUGA